UUUUGUUCCUAUGUAUUGUUUACAUGUUAUAGGGGUUAUAUAGAGCUCCCAAUGUUUCUUGUCAUGUAUUGUAUACUUUUCUGAGUAUAGUUACAGAAACAAUAAUUGAUGCGAUCAAAUACCUAUUUUCACUUUUAUACAUUGUCUGUGUACAGCGAUAGAACAUAAUUAUAUUGCAGAAGCCGAGAGACCAUGGCUGGCAUCAAAGCUUUAAUCAGCCUUUCUUUUGGGGGAGCAAUCGUUCUGAUGUUCCUAAUGCUUGGAUGUGCUUUGCCGCAAUACAACAUCUACUGGCCACUGUUUGUCCUGUUCUUUUAUAUCCUUUCACCUAUUCCGUACUGUAUAGCGAAGAGAGUGGUCGAUGAAUCUGAUGCUGCAAGUAAUGCCUGCAAGGAGCUAGCUAUAUUUCUCACAACUGGUAUAGUUGUUUCUGCGUUUGGUCUGCCUAUUGUGUUUGCUCGAGCAGUUUUGAUUCAGUGGGGUGCAUGUGCCCUGGUACUCACAGGAAAUGCUGUCAUUUAUUCCACCAUUUUAGGAUUUUUCCUAGUUUUUGGAAGCAAUGAUGACUUCAGUUGGCAGCAAUGGUGAAUGGCUUGUUAGCCCUUGUCGAACUGCUCCACAGCGACCAUCCAUUCAGCCAACAAAGCCAUCCUCGUUCUGGUUGAACCAAGCGGGAAGUAGCAUGUGGAAUUUUAAUCACACCUUAUCGCCAUGCUUUUCGUCAUGGGCAUUCAGAAUGGCUUACCAGGAAAGCUCUUUUACCAAGAAAACAUACUUCUUCCUUUUUUAUUUUAUUUUUAUACACGUCGUAUUGGGUACUUUAUACAGU